AUAUUAAGAAUUAUGGUUUUAUUCAUACAAAAGAGGGUUCUGACAAAUUACCCAUCAAUUGGUACAAGGAUCCACGCCUCGAUAUUUCUAUCGUGUGUGAUUAAUUAUGAAAAAUGCGUCACAUUGUAAUAAGGGCUAUCGGUGCCAGAUCAAAACAUUAAAAACAUUCCAAAGGUGUUYGGGUCAUCCGUAUUUGUGCAUUCUACUCUCUCAGAUAACCCCUAAUAAUUUCUAUAGUGUGUUUAAUGACAAAAGGAUUAGGUGCGUGCUCCGAAUAUAUCAGCUUGCUCGGGAUGGAGAUAAGCCACAAGAGCCUGAAACGGAUCCGUGGCACACGACAUGCCUCUUUUAUUUAUGUCGAAGCAUGUAAAAAAUUCAACACCGCAAGCUAUUAAUUAUUACACUAGACCGGCAUUUGCUUUAUCACAUUUUAUUAGGACAAGCAACUCACACAUUUCAUUAUCGCAGCUUUCCCGACAAAAAUCUUAUCGCAAAGAGACAAUUAACCAUUGAGAAGCAGCUGAUCACUUGGAAAUUUACUUUAUCCAACUCCUGAAUAUUCAAUUUCAGUCAAAUCUCAAACUUUUUGUCUUUGAUCAAGACUUGGUUAAUUUUUUAAACAUUUUUAUUACUCUUGUUAUGGUAUGGUUCUGCUAAUUUGCUGUAACAUAUGGGCAUAAUGCUCAACGUCAUGAGUAAAGAGACAGUUUGAAUACACCUAUAAUUAACCUUGAAGUGUUUUAAUGUGAAUGAAAUUAUUUUAAAAGCACGUACGCUUAAUGACCAUUAAAACCAAUUAAUCUUUUUGUUAGCAUCCUAGUUUCUUACUUAUAAUUGGUGCUUAAGAAUGGUAAACAAUUGUGCUCCUUUCUGAUUUACAAUUGUUAAAAUAAAAAAUUAACAAAGUAAAAUAAAUAAAAAUUUUGACAUUGCUAAUUGUUAUUUUUCACUUACAUAAUGAAAUUUUUGAAAUUAAAAAUGAAAUUUGCGYKUAAUAGGCACAAAUAGCCAUCGUCACAGAUUAGAUCAUUUGGAGUAAACCUUGGUGUUAUGUUAAGUAUGAGCGUGUUGUUGUGUUUGAGCACCACAUCCACUGAUGAUAGUUGUAGUAGAUAAAUAUUGUAUGUAACACUAAAGUGCACUUGGAGAGGAUUUGAACAUCACAAGAAGAGGUCGGGUCAUGCACUACUGCGAUCUCGUUCGCGUGGAGUAGAUGUCGAAGUGAGAAGCAUCAGCAGCAAAUACAUACGUAACGUAGUUUCGGUUGUUGUAGUAUAAGAAAGAGUAUUGUGGUAUAGUCAGAUGCGAGUAGAAGUGUGAGUAGUCCCCCCGCGCGUCGGCGCCCCCACCACAGUCUCGGAACGCCCCUUGGCCUAUCGUGACCCGGCUGUGAACCAAGGACCUCCCCGGACCGCCCAGGCCAAGUCGGUGUCGGGCCCGAGACCGAAAGGUCACUAGUAGAGGCUAGAGUGUGCCGUGGGGUUGACCUAUCACCUCCGACGCGAGAUACGUGCUCAGCUCGAAGCCGCGAACGUCAAGUGCAAGUCCGUGAACGGCUCACCCAGGAGUCGGCGAUCUGGUGAACUGGUGAACUGUGAACUCGGUGUCGACGGUCAUGAGGGCGCGCGAGAGUGCGUGAGUGACGUGGAUCCGCCGGACGUCGCCAUGGCUUUGGUGGCCAGCUCCUGGCGCGAGUCCUCGCUCGUCAACCCCAUUCCCACCAGCCUGAACUCGCUGCCCAACGGACUUAAUCCGCUGCCACCGACCGCCAACCUAACUGCGCUACCCACCAACAUCAACCCCAUCACGCUGGAAAACCCAGAUCUCGCGCUCGUCAACCGGCAAACUCCCUCGCAAAACUCCCAGAACAGCGCCACCAGUGCCGACAAGAACCAGAACAUCGAGUGCGUUGUUUGCGGGGAUAAAAGCUCGGGGAAGCACUAUGGACAAUUCACGUGUGAAGGUUGCAAGUCAUUUUUCAAGAGGAGUGUUCGAAGGAAUCUAACAUAUUCGUGUCGAGGAAGCAGGAAUUGCCCUAUCGACCAACACCACAGGAAUCAAUGUCAAUACUGUCGCCUCAAAAAAUGUAUGAAGAUGGGAAUGAGGAGAGAAGGAAAGAUCGAUUUCUGGUCGACAUCUUCAGGGCAACGUCGUCGGCCGAAAGCGACCGUCCAGCGYGGUCGAGUGCCCCCAUCUCAGCCAGCUCUUCCAGGUUUACCAAAUCAAUUUCUCAACUCCACCGAUUCUGUAACCUCAUCUCUAAGUAAUCACACUUACCUUAGUAGUUACAUAUCGUUGUUACUAAGGGCAGAGCCUUAUCCUACAAGUCGGUAUGGACAAUGCAUACAAGCAAAUAAUAUCAUGGGUAUUGACAAUAUCUGCGAAUUGGCAGCGCGUCUCCUGUUUUCAGCGGUAGAAUGGGCGAGAAAUAUCCCAUUUUUUCCCGACUUACAAGUCACAGAUCAGGUUGCUUUACUACGAUUAGUAUGGUCAGAAUUGUUCGUUUUAAAUGCUAGUCAGUGUUCAAUGCCACUUCAUGUGGCACCACUGAUAGCAGCAGCGGGUCUACAUGCAUCACCAAUGUGUGCAGAUCGAGUUGUACAAUUUAUGGAUCAUAUUAGGAUAUUUCAGGAACAAGUAGAAAAAUUAAAAGCACUUCACGUCGAUUCAGCUGAAUAUUCAUGCCUUAAAGCUAUAGUCCUUUUUACGACUGAUGCCUGCGGUUUGAGCGACGUGGCCCAUAUCGAGUCCAUCCAGGAAAAAUCCCAGUGCGCCCUGGAGGAGUAUUGCCGGUCGCAGUACCCCAACCAGCCUACUAGAUUCGGCAAAUUACUCCUGCGACUCCCCAGUUUACGGACAGUCAGUUCUGCGGUCAUAGAACAGUUGUUUUUUGUAAGGUUGGUAGGAAAAACUCCUAUUGAAACCUUGAUAAGAGACAUGUUACUCUCUGGAAGCUCGUUUUCGUGGCCGUACAUGUGAUACUUGAAACUAUACUAGGUGUACUAGUCAAAAGUAUGGAAGCGGCUCAUAGACUUCCUAGUGAUAUCCCAUGAUAACAGUGUUUCUGGUGGUAGUGAGAGGUGGGGCAAUACAAGCGAAUCACAUAUCAAAGAAGUAAGGUCAACUUGAUAUCACAUUGCCAAAAAACAACUGAGUUAAGGCUCGGAUCAAUUAUGUUCCUUUUUAUAUGACGAAUCAGUUUAAAGUGGAAAUAUAAUUACUUUACCACGUAUAUAAAUGUGUAUUAGUAAUAUAUUUUACUGGAAUUUGUAUCAUAUGUAAAUACGUAGGUUUUUCUCACGAGAAGCGUUAUUAUUGUUUUGAUUUUCCCAAUUUAGUCAGUGUUCACAUUUGUUUUUUAUGGUUUAAGUAGUUAUUUGUUAUUAGUUGUUAUCAUGAUUGUUGUUAUGACUUUUCACUUAUUUUUUAUAAUUUAUCUUCUCUUAAUACGAUAGAUGGCCAGUUUUUGUAAAGUAUUUUACUUAAUUCUGAAAUUCGUACUUAGACUCAAUCUUAAACAAAUCAAAAAAAUCAAAAGCCAUACGUUGAUUUAAGUUAAGUUUCUAAAUAUAACUUGUCUCCUGUUUUAGUCCCCCAAAUAGCAUAGUUUUUAGUGCAAUUUUACUUUUUAAAAUACAAAUGUUUUACUCACUUAUUUAUUGAUAUUUCUUAUAAAACGUUAUGUUUAUAGUCUUAGAAGAUAAAAAAAACGUGAAUUAGAAUAUAUUUGGCUUUCAACAAAGGCCAGUGCCAAUAUCGAUUAUUAGUCGAUUUUAAUCAUAGUACAUUUAUUCGGGAUUUCUUUAUGUUUGUAAGAAACCGUGUAUAUAAUGAAUAGUAAAAUAAAUAAAAAUGACUGUAUUUAUA